AUGGCUGACGCAGAUACUGCAGAUAUGUUGAAGGCAUGGGGUCUUGAAUAUUAUAUUGAUUUAUUCCGAGAACAUGGAAUAGAUAUUUCUUGCCUUGGUUUGAUAACUGAAGAAAUGAUAAAAGAAUUAAUUCCUAAAAUUGGAGAUAGAGCAAAAUUCAAAUCAAACCUUGCUGAGUGGAGAAAUGUAAUAAAUAUUACAACUAACAGUACACCAUUUUUGGAAUUAACAGCAGGGAUUGAUAUUGAUGAUCAGUCAACAUUCUCUCUCCAGCAAAAUACUGAAUCAACAUCUUUAAUUGAUUUAAACAGCGAUGUAUCUACAUUAGGUACAUUGUCGACAACUGAAUCAUCAUCAUCUUCUACAACAAGAUCACCAUCACCAUUGCUCUAUACUUUGAAUCGUAAUUCUGAAACGUUUCAGUUACAAAAUUUACAUGAUUUUCUUCGAAGUACAGUAGAAGGUAGAGCUCUUUUAUCAUUGUAUAAAGAUAGUGGUAUACUAGACAAUUCAGGCAGAAGAAAACUCUGUAAUAUAAUAGUGAGAAGAGAACUUGAUAAUGACCCUGAAAAAAUUAUAUCUAGCCAACGUCUUUUGUCCAUUUCUCAAGAAAUAAUUACAACUUUUACUAAAGAACAUAUAAGUACUUAUUUUAUCCCCUACAUAAGUUAUGGUCCUACUUUAAAAAAAGCGGCGAAAGGCAAACUAUUGGACUGUUUCAAUAACAGACGUAGAGAGUAUAAGAAAGCUGGAAUAAUUACAUCUAGACGUUCCAACAGUGGACAGUUAAGCAGAUUAUCACCUGGUUUAGAUGUAAAUUCUGCAGUCAUUGAAAGAAAAGAUAUUGAAGAGCCCCUAGCUUGGCUGAAAAACUCUUCUGAUCCGUGGUAUAUGGUUGAAGAUUAUUGGAGUAUAACAGAAUCAUAUAGAAUUCAAAGAGAACUAAGUGCCAAAAGUAAAGGAUCGGUUAGUGAUUAUAUGAAAGAAUUUCCGUGUCUAAAAAAGCCAUCAGGUUAUACUCUCUUGCUUAAAGACUUCUGUUAUAUUUAUCCUCAAAAUAAAGAAUGCCUUUUUGAAAAUUUUCCAAUUUACAAAGCAAAAUUAUUAGAGUUGGCUAAAACAACAUCAACUACUUUACGUGAUACCACACUCAAAAAUAUCAUUAAAGAGUACUUGGAUUUAGCUCCAGAUAGUGAAGAAACAUCUUCAUUGGCAGCUUUAUUGGUAUUACCAUUUUUGUUUUCUCCAGUUAGUACAAAAAGAAAGAAAUGCAAUACAGUUUGUUGGAGACCAUCGAAGAUUGAAAUGCGAGAUGGCUUUAUUCUUCAUAUUCAUUCACAAGCUGAGUUACAAGAAGCAAUUACUAGAAGGAAGGAGAAAUAUGUCAAACUUGGUCUUACAUUACAACCUAUGGUAAUCGUAGUGGGUCCUAAAAUUAGUGAAAUAAAUCAAUACUUUGUUACGAUUGAUGAUACUUUUUAUGAGUUACACUCUAUAGUGUCUGCUGUAGACUGUUGUUUCAAAGUAACACAUGCUCUAAAUGCAGAAUAUCCCACUGAAUGUUUACCUAUAUGGACUUUUAUUCAAAAAGCAUUUUAUAAAAUUAAAACUACUUAUGAUACAGAAUAUGUAACUGUAAACUCUUUGAUAAGCGAUCUUGAAAUACAAGAAUAA